AUGUGUUUUGUUUAUUCAUGUUCUUCCGGAAAAAUAUCAUAUAAACAUUUAUUUUUCGACAAACAAAACAUCUAUGUUUUUGGCGUUGAUGUCCCGAACAUAUCAGUAAAACAUUUUAAUUAUUUAUUUUUUCCGGAAAAACAUCAAUUAAACAUUUAUGUAUUGAUCUACCAUUUACUAAUUUAACACAUUAUUUUUGUUCCCCCUACCUUUCCUACUAUCUCCCCCAAAAUUUGUCUUUUUUUUCUCGAAUUGUUUUAUCAAUUCAUUUUUCAAUAUUUGUAUAAUUUAUUCUUGUUAUUUUACUCCCGUUGUACAUAAUCCUCUUUUUUUUAAUAAUGCUCGCAACGCGUUGCCGAUCGCUGCUUGGAAAACACCGAUAUAUCGCGACAUUGAAAAAAGAAAAGAAUUUUGAAGAAGUAAAUAUAUAGAUUAGGUGUGAAUCGCAAAGUUUUUUGAUGAGAGAAAUAAUAGAUUGUGGUAGUAAAAUAAUGAUAAUCCGGCAAUAACGAUGGGAUGUUGUUGUUUUUGCUAGUGUUAUUUUGAGUUUUGGCUAAAUGGGCCGUGUGAGAGAAAAUGAAUAAAUAAUCAUAGAAAAGACAAGAAAAAUAUUUAAAGGGCAAAACAAAUUUAUAUCGAAAUUUUAAGGAACGAUUGGAAAUUUUUGAGAAAGUUGGUAACGAGUAGGGGUUAUAAAUAUUUAUUACAAGGUGUCUAUGCUUUUUCCG